GCUUUCUUCUCCCCACCUUGGAGAGGGAGGGGAAGUCCUGACUGGCCAGACUGUCCUCGGAAGCCCCCUUCUCUUCACCAAUCACCGAAGGAGGUACGCUCCCAGCGGAGUUUUCCAGCCAAUCACAAAGCGGCGGCGGCGCCCAGCCGUGCAGUUUCACCAGCGUCUCUGGGUUUCACCUUCCUCAACUCUUCAAGCUUUUUCGUAAGGGCCGGCGACUCUGAUUGGCCACUGUUGCCAUUGUCGAAUGUCUCCUCCAGCCAGCCACCGAACAAGGCGAAUUCACCCUUUCCGUUCGGCUACUUUCGGCAUUUUCCGUUCUUUGGGCGUGGUUUCCCAGCGUCACUUUCUAGUUGGUUUCUCAGGCUGAUCGGCUUUUUCCGGGAGGAGCCGCAAACAAACGACGUCCGUGAUUGGCUCCGUUCGGGCUUCGGCUCCCAGCCGAAGCGGGCGAGCGUUGGGCUCGGCCGGCGAUUCCCAGACGCCUGUUACGCGGGCGGCGGGGCGCUGGGCGGUGUAAGGCUGGGUGGGGGAGGAAGGAGGAGGACAAGUAGGAGGGGGGAGGAGGAGUGGGGAAGUGCAAGGCGGCUGCGCAGACAGCGCUCCUCACACAGAGCAGCCCCUGACCCGGGCGAAUGCGGGCUUGUGCCGCCGCCGCCGCCGCCGCCCGGGCCAAGUGACAAAGGAAGGAAGGAAGCGAGGAGGAGCCGGCCCCGCAGCCGCUGACAGGGCUCUGGGCUGGGGCAAAGCGCGGACACUUCCUGAGCGGGCACCUAGCAGAGCCGAGGGGCGGGAGGGCGGCCGAGCUGUUGCCGCGGACGGGGGAGGGGGCCCCGAGGGACGGAAGCGGUUGCCGGGUUCCCAUGUCCCUGGCGUAUGGGGAGCAGUCGAGGAGCCGCUGCCUGGGGUCUGAAGGGAGCUGCCUCCGCCACCGCCGCCGCCAUGGCCGCUGGAUCCAGCCGCCGCCUGCAGCUGCUCCUGGCGCAAUGAGGAGAGGAGCCGCCGCCACCGCCACCGCCCGCCUCUGACUGACUCGCGACUCCGCCGCCCUCUAGUUCGCCGGGCCCCCGCCGUCAGCCCGCCGGAUCCCGCGGCUGCCGGAGCUGCAGCGUUUCCCGUCGCAUCUCCGAGCCACCCCCUCCCUCCCUCUCCCUCCCUCCUACCCAUCCCCCUUUCUCUUCAAGCGUGAGACUCGUGAUCCUUCCGCGGCUUCCCUUCUUCAUUGACUCGGAAAAAAAAUCCCCGAGGAAAAUAUAAUAUUCGAAGUACUCAUUUUCAAUCAAGUAUUUGCCCCCGUUUCACGUGAUACAUAUUUUUUUAGGAUUUGCCCCCUCUUUUCUCUCCUCCCAGGAAAGGGAGGGGAAAGAAUUGUAUUUUUUCCCAAGCCCUAAAUCAUCUAUAUGUUAAAUAUCCGUGCCGAUCUGUCUUGAAGGAGAAAUACAUCGCUUGUUUUGUGUUUUAUAGUAUACAAAAGGAGUGAAAAGCCAAGAGGACGAAGUCUUUUUCUUUUUCUUCUGUGGGAGAACUUAAUGCUGCAUUUAUCGUUAACCUAACACCCCAACAUAAAGACAAAAGGAAGAAAAGGAGGAAGGAAGGAAAAGGUGAUUCGCGAAGAGAGUGAUCAUGUCAGGGCGGCCCAGAACCACCUCCUUUGCGGAGAGCUGCAAGCCGGUGCAGCAGCCUUCAGCUUUUGGCAGCAUGAAAGUUAGCAGAGACAAGGACGGCAGCAAGGUGACAACAGUGGUGGCAACUCCUGGGCAGGGUCCAGACAGGCCACAAGAAGUCAGCUAUACAGACACUAAAGUGAUUGGAAAUGGAUCAUUUGGUGUGGUAUAUCAAGCCAAACUUUGUGAUUCAGGAGAACUGGUCGCCAUCAAGAAAGUAUUGCAGGACAAGAGAUUUAAGAAUCGAGAGCUCCAGAUCAUGAGAAAGCUAGAUCACUGUAACAUAGUCAGAUUGCGUUAUUUCUUCUACUCCAGUGGUGAGAAGAAAGAUGAGGUCUAUCUUAAUCUGGUGCUGGACUAUGUUCCGGAAACAGUAUACAGAGUUGCCAGACACUAUAGUCGAGCCAAACAGACGCUCCCUGUGAUUUAUGUCAAGUUGUAUAUGUAUCAGCUGUUCCGAAGUUUAGCCUAUAUCCAUUCCUUUGGAAUCUGCCAUCGGGAUAUUAAACCGCAGAACCUCUUGUUGGAUCCUGAUACUGCUGUAUUAAAACUCUGUGACUUUGGAAGUGCAAAGCAGCUGGUCCGAGGAGAACCCAAUGUUUCGUAUAUCUGUUCUCGGUACUAUAGGGCACCAGAGUUGAUCUUUGGAGCCACUGAUUAUACCUCUAGUAUAGAUGUAUGGUCUGCUGGCUGUGUGUUGGCUGAGCUGUUACUAGGACAACCAAUAUUUCCAGGGGAUAGUGGUGUGGAUCAGUUGGUAGAAAUAAUCAAGGUCCUGGGAACUCCAACAAGGGAGCAAAUCAGAGAAAUGAACCCAAACUACACAGAAUUUAAAUUCCCUCAAAUUAAGGCACAUCCUUGGACUAAGGAUUCGUCAGGAACAGGACAUUUCACCUCAGGAGUGCGGGUCUUCCGACCCCGAACUCCACCAGAGGCAAUUGCACUGUGUAGCCGUCUGCUGGAGUAUACCCCAACUGCCCGACUAACACCACUGGAAGCUUGUGCACAUUCAUUUUUUGAUGAAUUACGGGACCCAAAUGUCAAACUACCAAAUGGGCGAGACACACCUGCACUCUUCAACUUCACCACUCAAGAACUGUCAAGUAAUCCACCUCUGGCUACCAUCCUUAUUCCUCCUCAUGCUCGGAUUCAAGCAGCUGCUUCAACCCCCACAAAUGCCACAGCAGCCUCAGAUGCUAAUACUGGAGACCGUGGACAGACCAAUAAUGCUGCUUCUGCAUCAGCUUCCAACUCCACCUGAACAGUCCCGAGCAGCCAGCUGCACAGGAAAAACCACCAGUUACUUGAGUGUCACUCAGCAACACUGGUCACGUUUGGAAAGAAUAUUAAAAAGAGAAAAAAAACCUGUUCAUUUUAGUGUUCAAUUUUUUUAUUAUUAUUGUUGUUCUUAUUUAACCUUGUAAAAUAUCUAUAAAUACAAACCAAUUUCAUUGUAUUCUCACUUUGAGGGAGAUCCAGGGGGUGGGAGGGGUUGUGGGGAGGGGGAAAGCGGAGCACUAGAACACACAAUCUCUCUCCCACGACAAUCUUUUUUUAUUAAAAGUCUGCUGUUGUAUACUUUAAAAACAGGACUCCUGCCUCAUGCCCCUUCCACAAAAGAAGAAAACCUUUUUCUGUGCUGAUGGGUUUUUUUUGAACUUUGUUUUCUUUUAAAGUCUAGUGCGAGACUUUGGUAUAGUGCACAGCUUGAAAUUGGUUGGGAGCUUAGCAGGUAUAACUCAACGGGGACUUAAAUGUCACUUGUAAAAUUAAUCCAUAUCUUCGGGUAUUUAUAGACUUGCCUUUGGCAUGUUGGUGGCAGGUGUGGCAGACAAAGAAAUGUGUAUCAUUCGUAACCCAGGGAGGUCAAUAAAGUUUAGAACUCUACAGGGAAGAUUCUUAGUAGAUUUGUUAAGGUUUUGUUUUGCUCUCAGUUAGUGCUAGUGAUGUAGAGGCUUGUACAGGAGGCUGCCAGAGGGGAAGCAGCAAGCAAGACUCAGGCACACAUGCUCUACAGGUGGCUCUUUGUUUGCCUGACCAAAGUUCUUUGCAAAUCUUAGCACAGUUUCAAACUAGUGACGUGGGAGGAGAUGGAAGGGGUGUUGAGCAGGCCGAGCUAGCUGCUGAGGUCAAAGGCUGAUGAGCCCAGAGGAAGGGGACAGGUCAGGGAUACAUCUCACCACUGUGAAUAAGUUUGUCCAGAUUUUUUUCUAAAGUUACUUCCCUUGGAAAGAUACACUUGAGAGGACAUUGUAGUUAAAUAAUGUGAACUGUAACAGUCGUCUACUGGUUUAUUUUUCAUAUUUUUUAAUUGAAAAUUGAGCUUGCAGAAAUAGCCACAUUCUACACAUAGUUCUAAUUUUAAAUCCAAAUCUAGAAUCUGUAUUUAAUUUGUUUUUUAACCUCAUGCUUUUUACAUUUAUUUAUUGAUGCAUGUCAGAUGGUAGAAAUAUUAAAAACUACACAUCAGAAUGAUACAGUCACUUAUACCUGCUGACUUUAUAGGAAAGCUGAUGAUAUAAAUGUGUGUAUAUACGUUAUAUAUACAUAUAUUCAAUACUGCCUUUUUUUUGUCUACAGUAUCAAAAUUGACUGGUUGAAGCAUGAGAAGAAUGUUUCCCCCACACCCAGUUAAGAGUUUUUGUGUCUGUUUUCUUUGUGUAUCAGUGAACGAUGUUAAGAAUCAGUCUCUCUUUUUGAAGAAAAAGCAAUAUUCCUUGGAAAGCAAGGAGAAUUGAAGGACUAUGUUUGCUGUGAGGAAAUAGAUUUUCAUGACUAGUUUGUUUUAUACUUUUAAGGUUGGCAUCUAUGUGGGCCUUAUAUACUCUAAAAUGAACUUUAGUCACCUUGGUGCUUAUGGGCCAUUACUUGACCUAUGAAUCUUUAAGGCACAAUCAGUUGUACUUUACAUUUAAAGAUCACUUCAGUGAUGGCCGCCUUUCCCUCCUACCCGCUCCUUCCCCACAUGCCUUCCAAGGUUAGCUGGUAACUGUAGGGCUGCAGAGCUGAGCCCUUGGUUGUGUGUAACUUGCCCUCACCCUCCUCAUUGCCACCUUAGGUCACUUUAUGGGUCUCGUCCUCCAGAGGGUUCGGAAGUGGAGUCUGUUGGCAGCCCUCCUGCAGGCCCUAGCACCCUGUCCUGCUCCUUAACUGUGUGUGUGACUCUCCAAGAGAGUUGUCCUGCCUGCUGAAGUGAACCAGUACCCAGAAAGACAACUGUGAGCCAUCUUGGUUUUCACUCGCUGUUUAGCUGAGGUCUUGGGCCACAAAAGGGGUUUCACAAACCUCUGGAUAUAUCAGAGUUCAUGAGAAAGGAAACGUGCUCAGUCAAACCAAAUCAAACAAAUUGAAUUUUAUAUUUUAUAAAGUGCUUCUGAAAGCUAAGAUUUGAAAGAAGUCUGAAAUCAAAGUAUUUAGCAGCAUAACUCCUUAAAGGUAGUGGCGUUGAUAGACCAUUUUCCGACAGAAUUUAUAAAGAAUCUGGAAAGGCAGGUCUGUGAUAGAGAAAUGGACCUGCAUUCAGAUCCAACUGCCCAGCAAGCGUUUGGAUGCAGACACUGCUCUGGACGUGGUAUACUCCCCAGAGUCCAUAAAAAUCAGUGCUUAUUUUAGGAAACAGGUUGCCCCCCACAACUGGGGUAAAAGAAGAGAGAAAAGUCACGCUUUUCUCUCAUUUCAUUGUGUGUGCAUGUGUGUGUGUGUGUGUGUGUGUGUGUGUGUGUGUGUGGGCUGAGAUGUGUGAUUUUUCUUUCUCAAGGAUCAUGGUGGGAUCACAGAACUCUUUUAUACAAGUGAGAUCCAGGUCUCUGAAUAUCUUUUUGUAUAUAAUAAUAAUAAUAAGCUCCUCACCAAAUUCAAGCUUGUACAUUAUAUUUUCUUUCUGUGUUUUUAAAUUUAAGUUUUAUUGUUUUGUAUGUAAAUAUGUGGACCCAGGAACUGUUAUUAAUGAGCAAAAAGUUACUGUUCAGGGCAGUGAUUCUGUUUAAUAAUCAGACAAAAUGUAGACGAGCUUUUUAAAGCCAUAUAGUUUUAACUCUGUACAGUAGGUACCGGCCUGUAUUAUUGUAACAAUAACUCUAGCAAUGUAUAGUGUAUCUAUAUAGUUUGGAGUGCCUUCGCUUCCAUGUGUUUUUUUUUUAAAUUUGUUCUUUUUUAAAUUUUAAUUGGUUUCCUUUAUCCAUGUCUCCCUGUCCACCCCCUUUCCCUUUGAAAUAAUAACUCACUCAUAACAGUAUCUUUGCCCCUUCCACAGUUAAGUUUCAGUGAUACCAUACUCAGGAGUGGGAAGAGGAAAUCAUAUUCGUAAUUUCAUUUUGUUGAAGCCCUGCCUUUGUUUUGGUUCUGAAUGUCUUUCCUCCUCGGUAGCAGUGACCGGUUUCAUUUCAUACUUAGUCCAUUCAGGGACUUAGUGUAGUACCAGGGAGCCCUAGAGCUGGAGGAUAUCGAAUAGAUUAAAUUUUGCUCGUCUCUUCCACAAGCCCUAACCGUGGGUCUUAAAAACAGCAGAUUCUGGGAGCCUUCCAUGCUCUCUCUCUCUCCUGUUUUAUCUACUUCCCUCCCAAAUGAGAGAGUGAGAGAGAAUUGGUUUUUUAUAAAUCGAAGUUUCUUAAUAGUAUCAGGUUUUGAUACGUCAGUGGUCUAAAAUGCUAUAGUGCAAUUACUAGCAGUUACUGCACGGAGUGCCACCGUGCCAAUAGAGGACUGUUGUUUUAACAAGGGAACUCUUAGCCCAUUUCCUCCCUCCCGCCAUCUCUACCCUUGCUCAAUGAAAUAUCAUUUUAAUUUCUUUUAAAAAAAUCAGUUUAAUUCUUACUGUGUGCCCAACACGAAGGCCUUUUUUGAAAGAAAAAUAGAAUGUUUUGCCUCAAAAUAGUCCAUAUAAAAUGUCUUGAAUAGAAGAAAAAACUUUACCAAACCAAAGGUUACUAUUUUUGAAACAUCGUGUGUUCAUUCCAGCAAGGCAGAAGACUGCACCUUCUUUCCAGUGACAUGCUGUGUCAUUUUUUUUAAGUCCUCUUAAUUUUUAGACACAUUUUUGGUUUAUGUUUUAACAAUGUAUGCCUAACCAGUCAUCUUGUCUGCACCAAUGCAAAGGUUUCUGAGAGGAGUAUUCUCUAUCCCUGUGGAUAUAAAGACACUGGCAUUUCAUCUAUUUUUCUCUUUCCUUUUUAAAGGAUUUAACUUUGGAAUCUUCCAAAGGAAGUUUGGCCAAUGCCAGAUCCCCAGGAAUUUGGGGGGUUUUCUUUCUUUUCAACUGAAAUUGUAUCUGAUUCCUACUGUUCAUGUUAGUGAUCAUCUAAUCACAGAGCCAAACACUUUUCUCCCCUGUGUGGAAAAGUAGGUAUGCUUUACAAUAAAAUCUGUCUUUUCUGGUAGAAACCUGAGCCACUGAAAAUAAAAGAGACAACUAGAAGCACAGUAGAGUCCCAGACUGAGAUCUACCUUUGAGAGGCUUUGAAAGUAAUCCCUGGGGUUUGGAUUAUUUUCACAAGGGUUAUGCCGUUUUAUUCAAGUUUGUUGCUCCGUUUUGCACCUCUGCAAUAAAAGCAAAAUGACAACCAGUACAUAAGGGGUUAGCUUGACAAAGUAGACUUCCUUGUGUUAAUUUUUAAGUUUUUUUUCCUUAACUAUAUCUGUCUACAGGCAGAUACAGAUAGUUGUAUGAAAAUCUGCUUGCCUGUAAAAUUUGCAUUUAUAAAUGUGUUGCCGAUGGAUCACUUGGGCCUGUACACAUACCAAUUAGCGUGACCACUUCCAUCUUAAAAACAAACCUAAAAAACAAAAUUUAUUAUAUAUAUAUAUAUAUAUAUAUAAAGGACUGUGGGUUGUAUACAAACUAUUGCAAACACUUGUGCAAAUCUGUCUUGAUAUAAAGGAAAAGCAAAAUCUGUAUAACAUUAUUACUACUUGAAUGCCUCUGUGACUGAUUUUUUUUUUCAUUUUAAAUAUAAACUUUUUUGUGAGAAGUAUGCUCAAUGUUUUUUUUCCCUUUCCCCAUUCCCUUGUAAAUACAUUUUGUUCUAUGUGACUUGGUUUGGAAAUAGUUAACUGGUACUGUAAUUUGCAUUAAAUAAAAAGUAGGUUAGCCUGGAAAUGAAAUUAAAAUUCACAAGUGUGUGGUCUUUAUUUCAGUACCCAACCCUCUUCCUUCACCCUACUAUUUUGCCGCUGCAAUAUGUAGUCACAUCACCAUUUCCAUUCCUCUUAAUUAGGGAAACAUUAAUCUUUGUUAUACAGAACAAGAUAUGAAUACCACUUCUUAUUCUUUCCAAUGAUUUUAUUCCAUUGUGUAGCCCCAAGAGGUGCAGCUUCCACCUUGGAAACCUUUGGAUUUGAUGUAGACGAAGCUUUGCAGACACUGCUUAGAAAAGAAAGAAAAUAACUCUGAAAGGGACAGUUUUUAAAUGUGUAUAAGCUGCUGUCUUUGAUUACCGUGUUCAUGAUUUGGUGUGGCUGUAUUUUCUUUUAACUUUCAUCCUAUUAGUAAUGGUCUUUGGGGGUCUCUGUAAAAUAUAUGGACACCACGAACAGUGGGGCUGUACCUCCCAGGUAACCAACACAUGUUGUGUUUGAGUCUGCUCAUUUCCAAUACUGGAUGAUGUAUGUAAACAUGUUAUGUCUCUUAGUGCAAAAAGAAACAUCAUUUUUUUAGGGCUGGCUCACUCUGUCAGGCCUAAUCUAAAGGCUAGAUAUAAGGUCAUGUGACUGCUGCUUCAAUAAAAACAAAUUUAUAUUCGAUAAA